AUGCCCCCCAAACGGACAUCCUCACAAAAGCCAAGAGCACGAAAAGCAAAAAAGGUAUGCGAAGAGGAAGACGCAAACGAUGGAUUUUACAUUGAUGGCAAAGAGUGCAUCACUGCCAAUCCGUUGGUUAAGCUUCAACAGGAGCUUGAGUGGAUCGCCAUCAGUGCCACUGCUAUUCAGCUUCAUUACAACAAGUUCAAGUGGAAAAUGAGUGACAGUUCGAUCCCGAGAGACGAGGUGGUGAAAGCCUGCCAGGGUAUCUGUGUGGACCUUUUCCUGGUUUUCAAAAAGGCCUUGAUACUUUCGGAAAAGUAUGAGGAUACGGUGGUGGUGAAACAGUUGCGAGAGCUAUCUCGGGAUGCCGUCGAGUUGGACCAGCCCAUACGAAGAUUUAAGAAGUAUGCUGAAACACAGGACGAAGAUUUCGAGAAGGAGUCCAUUCACGACUUCAAGACAAUACUCGAUGCGUUUAUGUUUCGUGUGAACAUUAUCAGGAGACAUAUUCUGCGGGAUUACUGGUUUCUCAAGCCACGUCCGAGAUUGUAUUGA